UUAUUGGCUCCAUGUCCAUUCAAGGUGUAUUUAAGCGGCCGAAGCCCAUACGAUGUUGAUGCGCUGGACAACACAAUUCGAAACGCUUAUUUCCGCGCCUUCAUCCUCCGAUGAUAGAGCACCAUGGCAGAUACAUCUUCGGCAGGAAAGUACAGACGCGAUAAGUACACCAAAAAUGAAGCUCAAGAUUUUGGUGGUAGCGCUAAACGACAAGCGAUCCAAUUAGGCCAGGAGGCCAAUGUGUUUUCCGCCGUCAUCUACUACAACCUGAUCUCCAAACAAAUGGACGGAGCCGUCCAUGUUCCGAGAGGGCAGAGCAUCCCGAAUGUUAACCAACUUUUGCGAAAGCUUUCAAACGACAUGCAACUCCGCGUCCCGCACCGGCAUGACCGAGCUGCUCAAAGUGGACGGUGGACAAGGACUCCUGCACAGAACGAAAUUUCGGUGAAGACAAUCGACAAAGUUGAUAGAAGUGAGGGAACCACCGAUGCCACUGUCUUUGAGGCUGCCGUCACUCUUUGCCGUAUCCAAGAAAAGCCACGCCACGUAGCGAACUCGGUGACAGACAACUCAAAGAACGAGCUUCAAGACGAAGCAAAAUUUCGUACGACUCAAGGGUCCAAGUCAGAAGUCGGCUUUCGCAUUGGUCUAAGCAAUCAUGAUCGUCCAAGCAGCGUGCUCGACCCAGGAGCAAUCAAGGACGGUCCAGUCAGCCAUGCCGACAACGCUGCCGGUAAAAAGAGCCCACCUCGCUCUCAUGGUGGGGCCAACUGUUCAAUCACAGAAGGGCAGCAUAGCGCGCAGUUCCACGAAGAAUCUGCCGUCUUUGACCGAACGCCUAUCAUGGCAAACGAGAGACGAAGUGGAGAGGUGCUCAGAAUAGCACCAGCACGUGAGCCAGUACGGAUACUGGUAAGAGAUGCAGCCAACGCCCGAGUGGCUCCGGCCCGUCAAGGUAGCAGGCACAAUCGUCAAUUCUCCCAACAAGUAUCCAAGCAACUUUGGUUCGCGAAACAUCAUGGGCAUCCCAACGUCACAUUGAAUGCUGAGUCGGCACCAGUGGACCUCGCCGUUCGACACAAUAGUAAUAGCGGACCAGGUAGCACCGAGUUUACUAAAGUGCCGCAGCGGAUGGCCGCAGAUGGCACAGAGCCUCGUCUGAUGAUCCGAGACCAACUUCCCCGCUCCGCUCGAUUUCGUAGCAGAGGGCUGGAAAUGCCGCCAAUGGAUGCUCUUAACGCCGCAGAUAUUAGAAAAUAUCGCUUUUUUCGAUUGGUCGCUUUGCAACUGCGACGAAGUCGUCAGCAUGCAAAGUAAACUGGAGGACAUGGCAUGUCGGGUAGACGGGAGUCCACACCGUUCCGGAAGCCGUGAAGCUACUGCGUUACUUUUAUACAAUUAGCAAGUCUAGACCUCAUCGCUCAGACUUGUUUCUUUUUCAUAUUGGCUCUUUCAUUGAUGUAGAUUACACUUAGCUCCAGCAACACAUUUGCAUGAGACUUUUCAACGGCUUCCCUGUAGGAAACUCACCUAUACCGACCGCUGCCAAGUGUCUUCUCCGAGUCAGUCUUGUUGACGAAACGAUAAAUCUGAAGGGUUUCGGGCUGUCACAUUCAGAGUACUUGACCACACCUAGCGAAGACGAGCAACUAGUAGUUUACAGACGACGAUUAGGGCCAGAGGAGACAUGACAAGUACACUAAAAUAGAAAAUCCAGCCCAAGAGGUUGAUGCUGGGUCAGAUUUCGAGCUAUUCACCCAGGGGUCUCAGGAUUCAAACCCCCUCCACAAGACGACAGGAAUUCCAUGUACCUCAUGCUCCGUCAAACUCCUCAGAGGAGGGCAGAAAUGCGGACCUACGAAAACUGGGCCAGGAGCAGGAUGAUGCCCAUUGGAGGACACCUGACGAUGACAUUCAUUCUUCAGAGGACUGGAAAGUACUGGUUCAAGUUACAUCUACCCUUGAGCUUUUCUACCUGCAGACGAAGAGGAAGAAGGAAUGGGGUUGGGGAAUGGGCAUGGUCGACUCCAGGGGGUCAUGACUGGUAUGGUGUAUCUUCUUGAACUUUUUGAGAAUUUGAAGAAUCUGAAUAAUUCUGUUCCCC